CAUUCCGCGCGCGAACGUAUUUGAAUCAACUGCGCUAAACGAUCGACGAAAACCGAAUUAUUAAUCGUAAAUAUUUAUUAAAAACUAUUUAAAGGUGCGAAUAAUGAAAUAAACAAUUUCAGUGCUAAUACAGUGUCCAGUGUGAAGUGUGUUUUAUUAAAGUUUAUCAGUUUAGGAUCGUUUUGAAUAGGUACCGUGAAUCAUGGCCACCAAGUCGUAUAGCAAACACAAGGAGUUUAAGGAGUACUCAUCCAGUGGUACCGUGCCGUACACUGAUGAACAAUUUGACAUGCUGAAGUCGGAGCUGAUCCCUAAAGGUAGCAAGCUGGGUGAGGUGGCGCGCAACGGUACAGGGGCGAGGGAGUACCACUAUGAGUACAAGGAGGAGAAGCAUCCGUCUGGGAAGUAUGACAGGAAAGACCUGCAUACUGUUGAGGAGUACACGAUCCCCCCGAAGACGGCCCCGAAAUCAUCUGAAAGCAGCUCGUAUUACUACGAGAGAGAGGAUCGAGAGCUGCCCUCCUUCACCAACACCGGCACCCGCACGUACAACUACGAGACCACCACCAGCUCCACGCCUGGGUACUCCAAGAUAAAGAGCUCGAAGGUGACCAAGGAUUUGUCUCACAACGUGGAGGAGCUGGACUCACUGCUCGACGACUUGCAGAAGGACCAAGAACGACAGCUGUAUAAGAGUGGAUACACUUCAGACACCGCUGAGAGCUCCUCAUUCGAUUACAAGAGAAUCACUCCAGUGAAGGCGCCGUCCAGUGGUUACUCCACCCUGAAGCGGGAGGAGCGCCUGGAGUCGUCCUCGUGGGGCUCCAGCCCGCCGCCCGCUGUCACGCGCGCCGCCGAGCUCAGGCAGGAGAUGUACCGGGAAGAGAAGACGGAGUCCCGCGUGGUACCGUCCCAGAUCUCCCCCGCGCUGCCCCUCGCCGUGCCCCCUGCUGUAUGCUCUCAUUGUCACCAGACCAGCUCCUCCACUCUGUCCCGGUCAAGCACUCCAAUGAACAAAGUGACCACCACGGUCAAGACCUACACUUACGAGGUGCCGGCGGACCAGGACCCGGCCUCCGUCCCGCUGCCGGCGCACGCCGACCACCACCACACAUACGUCAGCUCCUCAGAGAAUGCAAGGAUCACGUCCAACACGACGAAGGUGCCGCCGUCUCCGGCGCUGGGCUGCCAGUACUGCUCACACUGCAACACGCGCGUGCGCGAGUACAAACACGUCACAACAACUGAUGAGCACACGAACGAACGCAUGGUGUACCCAAGCCCCGCCAACGAGGUCAAGCUGGUCCCUGUCAACGCUGAGCCGCACAAUGGACACUCGCCCUAUGGGCCAACAUCCUACAAGUACUCAGAGACGACAUACUCUGCCCACAACACGACGGAGCGCUACCCCCCCUCCCCCGCGCCGUUCCCGCGCCCCACCACCCCCUCGCCCGGCAACCAGCAGACGCCCAAGAAGCUGGACGACUUGCUCGCCGACUUCCCUGAAGCGCGCUUCCCGACCCAACCAGACGGCGUGGUACAGCGUAAGGUGCAUGUGACCCACGAGCGGUCCACCCAGGACACGGCCGUGAAGCCGGCCCCGGUCGCCGGCAGCAAGAACGUCGCCGGCCCGGCCGUCUACUACCCGCCUGGACACGUGCCCUUCGCUAAGAGCGAGGGGUACUCCGCUAGCGCGAUGCAAGGCGGUGGCGCGUACGCCUCCGGCCGAGGUAUGUACGAGUACGAAUCAGGAUCAAAGAGCAAGGAAAAGCAUUCGGAGAAGAAGACAGCCGUCCCCAUCUGCUUGCCGCUCUGCUGCGCCAUGCCUUGCGUCAUCAUGUAAUUGACUUUGAAUGACCAUGAAGAUAUAACCUUGAAAGAUCAGGGAAAUAAAUUAAGUUUUUUAGUCUGGAAAAUGGCAGCAACAAUGGUACAAAAUUUGGGAAAUGAAAAUGCUAAAAUGUUUCAGUUACUUAUUUUAAAAUUUCUGUCUAAUAAAAUUAAAUAAUAGUGGAAAACUUGCCGAAAAUUCAAUGUUAUUUAUUAGUGCAGUUUUUCGUUUUAUGAUAUCUUAAACAGAAUUUUAAAAUUAGAAGUUAUACUCGCUCAAAAACCGUUUGCUAGUGGCGCCAUUAGUAAUACAAUAUUUGUCCGCUAGGCGUAUUUUAUACGUGAUUUUGGCGCCACUUGCAAUAAUGAUUUCAUUACGGUUUUAUGUUUUAUGUAAUUUAUUACCAUAGUGCCAUUUAAAAGUUGUAAAUGUUAAUUUUAAGACUAAUUAUCUAUGAGUCUCAUUACUUUUUCAUAGAAUUAAGUAUGUGAGAGCUUGCAAGUUCUAUCGGCUAACUUCUAACUUGCGAGUAACAUUAUCUAACAGAGAAUCUCGAAUAUAAUAUUCAUAUUCAGGGGGCUGAAAAGGCCAAAUUGAAGUAAUUAAUCUACAUUUAAAAAAAAACCUAUUUGACGUAUUUGUUAUCACGAAGUGUGGAUACUAAGUUCAUCUUGCAAUGGAUGUACAGUCAUGAUUGAGCAAUAUUAUGUACCCACUUUAGAACCCUGUCGCACUAUCAUAUUUGACUUUUAAUUAGACUUACGGUGUAAUUUCUCAAAAAACUUAAUGUGACACGGUUUCAAAGGGUAUACAUAUUAGUACUCGUGACCGUGAGGAGGUGAGGAGCUCGGUGGCGCAGCGGUAAACGCUUAUGUUGUUGACAUUGCGCACUUUUACUUGCGCAAGUCAAAUUGCAAUAUUUUUUUUAUGAAUUACUUCAAUAUGGCCUUUUUAGACCCUCAGUACUUGAUUUGGAAUAUUUUGUACGUAGGUUUCAUUGUACGUUAUCAGUUCUUUAAUCUUGUAUAUUCAUUUUAUGAAGACUUCAAGAUGUGAUUUACUGAACUGGUGGAAAUUUUACUUAUUUAGGUGUACUCGCCAGAAGCUUAAGAAGGAUCCCUAUUCUUCGUCUUCUUCAGGUGCCAUCUCCAUCCCGGAGGUCGGCGGCCAUUUGUCCUUGAGAGCCUUCAGCGCUCCCCAUUUGUCCGGCCAAGUAGUUAAUGCCAUCUGCGGCAAAUAUACAAUAAGUCACGUCAAAAAAAACGAUCAUUUGUCCAUAAUAUGUCGUUCUGUUUUCAGUCAUGCCAACCCUAACCAAUUGGAACCCGUAUUUUAAAAUACGAAGGAUUAUUUUUUAAAAAUAUAUAAAUAUUUUCUAUACAACUUCUUCUGUCAUGUGGGUCGCGAUUGUGGGAUCAAUGACCACCCUCAUCAAGGUAUCAUAGUUCAUAUUGAGCUGCUAGACUCAUGUAGUAGCUGGAACCGAAUGCUUUACGUGGCUUCCGAAGCACGGAUCAUUUUACUUUCGCCACCUUUCGGACAAUUCGAUGAUCAACCAGCAAUGACCUAACCAUAAGGAUCACAAAGUGAUUUUUGUGAUAUAUCCACGCCAGGAUUCGAAUCCUGGACCUACUAAAAGGCAAAAAAGCUUCUUAAUGUUCUUGCCAUAUUCGAAUUAAACAUGAAAACCACGGUAUUUAGUAUUCUUAGUCAAGUUCUUAAACUAAAUUAUAUUGAUGAAGGUUAAUGAAUUGUCAUUCGAUUAUUUUUGUUCUAAAUUAUAGUCAAAAGUUUGAGAGGGACUAAAAUAAUAAUUAUUAAAGAAUCAAUACAUUCAAACUAACAUUGUGCCAUUAAUGACGUAGUUAUAAGUGAAUAUAUGUGCCUUCGUGACAGACAGACAAUGCAAUUGUGUAUAAAUGAAUUGUAAUUUUAUUAUUAUAUUUAAUAAAUUUUAUUAACGGAAUAA